AUGCAUUACAGGAAGAUAUCCAAUUUCUUUCUCAAUCUUAGCACCCUGUUCAAUUUGAUCAUUCAUGUCAGUUCACUACUUGAUAAGGCCAAUGAUGUAAGAGGUCUGGAUGUAGGACAAUUGGCAGAAGCAUCAUACUUUGAUCAAGAAGAGCUCAUCAGACCUGUGGACAGGCAUCUUGUACAACAGGAGCAUCUGAAUACAUGGAGACACUUGAGAACGAUUGAAGUAGUGGUAAGAAAAAACAAAAGUUUUCAGACUUACAAAAGAACUCUAGAAAUAGUUGUCAAAGAUAUGUUUGAUAAUCCAAACAUCCAUGCUAGAGAAAUUGAUAGGAUUCCUCAACGUGCUGAAGCAUGGGCAAGAUAUAAACCAAACAAACCACUUGCCAUGGUGGUUUAUUAUCUCAUUGAGGUAUUGAAACAUCAAUCAUCUCAACUUCAAGUUGAUAAAGAAGAAUUACAUAGAUUGACUGAUAGACUGAUUGAAGAAACCAACUUCCCACCAAAUUCACUUGAAUCAUGCAUUGUUACUCCAUUCCUGGAUGCUGUCAUGUCAGAAUUGAGUUUGCACAUGUUGCUCGAUCAAUUUGGAAAGGCCACCAUUGCAGAUCAAGUUCAUUCUUCAAACUAUUUAUCAGUAGAAGGGACACUUGUUUGGAAGAAGAUGAUUCUUCAAACAGAUCAUCUGGAAUACAUUAAACAUUAUCAGUCAUACAUGAAACUUAUUGAAAUAUUUGACAUUUUAGCAGCUGCAGUUAUUCAGGACAAGAAUUUGAUAUGCAAUCAUCUUACACCAAGUCUUUCAAGAUCAUUACCUAAAAUCAGAACACUUUUGGAAAACCAUUCCGCCAAUCCUAAACAGCUGCACAGGUACCUCAUCAACAGGACACCAUAUGAUCACAAUAGACCCCUAACAAUUCCCAUCUUCAGACACCCUGCUGAGCUAGAUAGUGGUGGCUCGCCCCAACUUGAGGAAAACAUCCACAAACUUUGGAUCCUCUCUGAUAACAAAGACUCAAAGAUCUCAUCAAGACUUCUGUGGCUUUCAGACAAGAUUGCAGAUGAUUCUCACAAACCUCCCCGCUAUAUUUGCAGAAUAGCUGGCUUCAAAUCCCUCAAGCAGACCGCAAAAGAUGGUAGUCUGAGACAUAGACAAAUGUUAAAUCAUAUCUCAAGAACUAUAAACUUGGUGCUUGACCUUGAAGAUGAUGAUUUUGAAGCCCGCACAGUACUCUUUGAAAUACUCCAAUCAGCAUUGAGAACUUUGCCCAUGCAAUCUGAUCCCAGAGAGUCUGAAAAGCGGAUGGAGAAUUGUGUGAUGUUCUAUCUCUUAAUCAGAAGAAUAGCUAGGGUCUUGGAGGUGGUCAUCAAGAAAGAACUUUCCCCCACUAUUCCUGAUGGAAAAAAUAUAAAAGCCAAGAUUAUGAUGUACUACUGGAGUAUGUUAUCAUUUAUACCCUCUACAUUAAAAUUAAGACAUAAGGAGACAUUUGAGUGGUUUAGUUUUGGACUUGGAAGAGUUUAUUUAGAUCACCUUCAGUCUUCUGUGACACUGAACAAGCUUUAUGAACAGAUGAGCUUGGUUCAAAAGAAUGGUCCAAUUGACCAGUCACCAAUUUCUAUUCAAGUUGAUAAACUUGAUCCAGAUCAAGAUGAGCUAAAUGAGAUACCAGUCAAAUUCAAGAAGCAAUCACCCAAGAGAUACAAGAACAAAUCACAAAAGCGUAAAAAAUCUUAUGCAUACUCGGAUGGUGAUGAAGAUUAUAAUCCAAAGCUCUUUGCCACAUCCUUUGAUACCCAGGCUACUGUCCAAGGAAAGAGAUUUGAUGAAGAUAUCAAAGACAGGCUAAACUUCAAGAUACCAAAGAGGAAAUCAAGCAGACACCCAAGUGUCUUGUUUGAAAAGAAUGUUUCAGAUGAACAGGUGAAAGCCCCUUAUGACAAGAAAAGUUAUGUGAUUGAUGGUGAAACAGGUUCAACAAGAGACUUUCUUAUGGCAUUUAAAAAGAGACACAGGACUAAGACUUGCAAAGGUAUUUCAUUGGAGCAUCAGCAAAUCAAUGUACCAAAUAUGGCCAGGAAACAGAAUUCAGAAACCCACCAACCUGAAUCUGUACAAGAAGAAAAAGGGAGAAAAGAUUCAAUCCAAAUGACAGGAAGUGAGCCUAACUCAUCAGGUAAGAUGCUUUUAAAAUCAAAUAAACAACGCCUGAAAAAGAACAACUGA